GUAAAGAAUUGAAAAAAGGAGGCUGGAUCAACUUUACGUGAUGCAUUGUUUAAAGAAAGUCACUCCCGCCUUGCAAUUAAAGGUACAAUCUGAGUGGCCACUCGGAGGUCUAAAUGACUCGAUUUUUUUUUUUAAACUGCAGAGAUGAGGUGUAUAAAAUCGAUCUUUGGGGGUUGUGGGGAGGGGGAGACGUUGUAACUUCGAUUAUGCCAAAUUGGAAUCAGCUCCCCUUGGAACUUUUAGUCAAGAUCUUCGAAUUCGCGGUGAAGGGCAAUGAGAAACUUUGGGAACGUUUAAAGCAGUACCUGAUCAUUUCCAAGCCUUGGUCAUUAGCUAGUCGAAGAGUUGUGUACGAAAAAGUUUACUUGCAUGAAAGCAACUUCGAAGGAUUUAUUGAAUACAUGCUCAGAUCCCCUAAUGGCCAACUUGUCAAACAGCUUAAAUGGAAGAACAGUGAGAAAGCCGAUGAAUUAGAAUACAAACUCAGUCGAAUCUUAAAAGCGUGCCCAAAUCUGAUCGACUUAGGAUACAAUACAACGCAACGCAGCCCUUUCUAUGCAAAAUUGCUAUCUGAACAUUAUACAAGUAAAAAUGGAUUAAAGUUGAUAAAGAUCCCUGUAAGCAGUGACAUAUACAAAGUUGAAGAAAGUGAAGAUAGUCUUCGAGCAUAUGGGUAUGCAGUUUUGGCCUUUAACAAAACCUUGCAAUGCCUUCGUAUAAAUGAUUAUCCUCCGGUUGAAGACAAAUAUGACCUGGACGAGACAGCGAAUUCGUUGGGGGGAUUUGAAAAGCUUCAGAGCAUUGAAUUCCAUUUUGAAGUUCAUGACAAUCUAUUCAAAAUUGCCGCAAAGAUACAAAAUUGCCCGACAAUUAAGUAUUUAAAAAUCUAUACUUCUGAACUGGGCUAUAAUCUACAAGAAUCUAACAUGGUGGUGGAACCUUUCAACACACAACCUAUUCCAAAUAUUAUAGGAUUAUCAAUAGGCAAUUAUAUGAACAUAUGUACCAAUUUCUUGAACUAUGUUAUGUAUUCGUUCCCCAGUUUAAAAACAUUGCAUGUAAAUGAAAGAGAUGUAGGGGCUGUGGGUCCAGGGGGAAUUUAUAUGACUGCGACCCUUAUAUUAGAAACACUGGGUUAUCAGGUCACCACCGAACUUUGGAUUCAAUUUUUUACCUAUAUCAAUACCCUAGAGAGCUGUGCUGUAUCCAACAUGUUUAUUCAGGAUCAUAGAGAGGUCUUUGCAAAUUUCCCCAAUUUAUGUGAUCAUCUAGAAAUUAAUUUUCGUACUGAACUCCUACAAGGGGUAAUCAAACCUUAUAUUGGUGUUUUCAACAAUUGCAGUGCCGACUACAACCUCACUGCCAAGAACGCAGAUCCAAAAAAGACACGUCGAACUGUACUCACUCUACAUCCAAGUAUGGAAGGGGUCGAUUCACAUCUCGAAUCUACUAUUGACAUAUUUGGAUCAACUCUAAAGGCCUUACAUAUUGACAUAGGUAGCAUUGCCGACACUCAACGUUCAGCAAAUAUGUUGUAUUACGCUUCUGAACGCUGUCCAGUCUUGAAUACAUUGUGGAUAUCAUCUGGAUGGUUUUAUGGCUUUGAUCCAGAGUCUUUUACACCGAUGCAAUCUCUGAAGUGUAUACAAUUCAGAAAUUGCUAUUUUCAAGGCGACUUUCUGUAUGAACUCUCUAGUCGGUUAUCCACCGUAGUGGAAUUCUUCUUAUUUAUUGAUUGUGAUCUCGCUAAUUUUUCGAAGGGAACGUUUGUGAUGAUAGACAUGCCGUUUGUGACGUUUGGUCAUCUGCUCUGGAAAGAUGGACAUGCUGGAGCUACAAAACCGGUCUUUAUAAAGAUAACAAAAACACAGGCCAAGACUUUCUAUUAUAAAAUAGAUAUCAAUCUCGAGAUAACUAUAUCUUCAAGUGAAAAUUUCGAUUCCUCUAGAUACAACGAUGAAGUAUUAAGUCUACAUAUCCGUUGCUUUGAUAUCGAUAUCUUAAUUUUGGUAGCUGAUGAAACUGGAUUUGCAUUCGACAUGACGCAUCCAUUCCAGCUUUUCGAUGAAUACGAGUAUAUGGAUCGUUACCCUGAGUUUCAAUACCUCAUCGCCUAUGCAGAGUCGGAUUAAAAUUCGAUAACAGUUAGUUAAUUAUAUAAUAAAAAUGAUAAAAAAUGAAUUUGGAUGGUUGUUGACAGUGG